GUUUCAUUUGGUUUGUUUAUCUUUUUGAAUUGGAGACAAUUAUGAUUUAGAAAAGUAUUUGAUUAAUUUAAGUUUUUUUUUCUAAUUGAAAUGUCUUAUUUUGGUUUUCGUAAACUUCUGGAUGUGUCCAAGAGUUUGGUCAACCUUUUGGUUCAACCUUCUCGUGGAGCUAAGACUCAAUUCGCUGCUCACUUUCCUCCUGUUCCUUAUAAACUGAGACCUGAUAAAUUGGACGUUGGAAUGACCGGUUCAACUUAUUCAACCACAAUUAAGAGAAAACGUUUUGUCCUCGAUCCUAAUAUCCCACAGUUUGGUGUUCAACCAGUUGAAUGUUUAAAAUGGUCCAAUUGGAGAAUGUUAAGAGACGUAAGAAGACGAUAUGUUUAUUGUUAUCAUUAUGCUUUGAAUACAAAUUAUGUUACGCUAAUGAGAAAUAAUUUCCUUCCAUCUACAAUCAAGGAAUUGGCAUUAAAUGAACUAGGAACUCUGCCUCGGGACAGAUACAUUGGUCGAUUAACGUGGAGAUGUGGAAUCACAUCUCGAGCCAGAGGGAAAUUCAUUAAAUUUAAAAUGUCUCGACUUGCAUUUAGACAUUUAGCCGAUUACAAUUUCGUUUCUGGUGCUGCUAGAGCAAGUUGGGGUCCUUAGAUACCUAAGGAAUCAAUCUAAUCAAAGGUUAAAAAAUAGAGUAAAAUAGUUGCAGAGUUGAUUAAAUGAACUUUUUCAUAAUUUCAA